CUCGCCCAACACAACUCUCCCCGCGUCGGCGACUUGUCGGGCGAUCCUGCGCGCGUUGUCGGCUUGCUGACAUGGGGUCUCGCCAAGAAUAGCCGCCCGCUUACUGGUUUCGGCAACCGUUCUCGCUCUCGACGCGGCUCAACAACUCUGGAAUAAGCGUGCGAUCGCCCGCUUGGCCCCUCUCAUUCGCUCGGUGCGCACCCCGACGGGCCCCAAAGUCCCUCCGGCGAUCUCCACAGCCCCCCUCACGCCUACCGCGUCAAAUAUUACCUCGUGCCGCAUAAAAAUCGCCCAAGCUGGGCCUCAGCUCGACUCUCCUCCGCUCACCGACCACCCGGCCAGAUUCUCCCGAGCAGUCGUACUUAAGCCAGCGAAAGAGCUCCUCUCUCUUCACUCACUUCGAGUGCAAACCACCACACGAAUAACUUAACGACAACCCUCCGGGCAGCAGCCUCAGAACUCCCGACCAUGGGCCUCUUCACCAAGAAGCAGGACCAGUCCUUCGCCGACGUCGACCAUCGUGAGCACUCGCACGACGCGAGCGCCAACUCCACGACGAAGAUGACGGAGUCGGAUGUCAUUCUGGUCGAGUUCGAGCCCAACGACCCGGAAAACCCUAUGAACUGGUCCGACAAGCGCAAAUGGAUGACGACUUGGCUCCUCUGCUUCAUGUGUCUCUUCAUCGGGCUCUCGACAGCCUCCUACUCUGCCGGUGUCGGCAAGAUGGUCGCUGAGCUCGGCGUCAGCCGCGAGGCCGGUCAGGUUGGCAUGUUCGUCUUCAACGCCUCUUUCGCCGUCGUCCCCAUGUUCCUUGGCCCCCUUUCCGAGUUCCUUGGUCGCAAUCCCAUCUACCUCGGCUGCUACAUCAUGUUCACGGUUUGGUUCAUCCCCCUCGCGCUUGCGAAGAACAUCGGCACGAUCAUCGUCUGCCGUCUGCUCUCCGGAUGCUUCGGUGCUGCCGGUACGACCAUCAUCCCCGGUACGCUCGCCGAUAUCUGGACGACGGAGAGGCGCGGUCUGCCCAUCGCCAUGUUCUCGUUUGUCGCUGUCCUCGGCACGGUCGCGGCUCCUCUGUACUGCGGCUUCAUCGACCAGAAUAUCGGUUGGCGCUGGAUCGAGUGGAUCCAACUGAUCUCCAACGGUACCAUGUGCCUUCUUGAGGUCCUGCUCCUCCGCGAGACCCGCGGCUCGUCCAUUUUGGCCAAGCGUGCCGCCAAGCUCCGCAAGGAGACCGGUGACCCGCGCUACAAGGCCAAGGCCGAGCUUGAGGCGACCUCCCUCAAGGAGCUCUUGCACAAGUCCACCACCCGUGCCUUCAUCCUCAUGGUCCGCGAGCCCGUCGUGUUCUUCUUCUCGCUCUGGCUCGCCUUCGCAUGGGCUAUGGUCUUCCUGUUCUUCACGGUCAUCCCCCUCACCUUCCAGAACCACCACGGGUUCGCCGAGGGUGUCGCCGGCCUGCCGUACAUCGCCUGCAUCGUCGGCACCUUCCUCGGUCUCAUCUCGUGCUUCCACCAGGCCAAGCUCUACGAGAACGCGCAGAAGAACAACAACGGCAUCGCGGUUCCCGAGGCGCGCCUUUACUGGUCGUGCUUUGGUGGUGUCAUGCUCCCCAUCUCCCUCUUCUGGUUCUCGUGGACGCAGUUCGCCUCGGUGCACUGGAUCGUGCCCUGCAUCGCGCUCGCGCCGCUCGUCUGGUCGAUCUACAUGAUCUUCGACGCCGUCCAGAACUACCUGGCCGACGGGUACGGCGAGUACGCCAGCUCCGCCAUCUCGGCGCAGGGCUUCAUCCGGAACAUGCUCGCCGCGUCGUUCCCGCUCUACUCGCAGCAGAUGUUCGUCAACCUCGGCUACCAGUGGGCGGGCACGCUCUGCGCGCUCAUCGCCACGGUCAUGGUCCCCCUUCCCUUCAUCCUCAUCCGCUACGGCGAGCGCAUCCGCGCCUGGUCCCCGUACGCUGCGGCGACGACGCAGGCCCCGGUCAUCGCCCCCAAGCAGGACAUCGAGGAGAAGGCGCAGGCGUAAGCAGGCGACCAAAAUCUGGACCCGUCGACGCCCCGACCGCGCUCUCCCGAUCCCGCCCGCCGACCCGCUCCAACGCACCCCAUGUCGGGGCCGACUACCCUACGCCGACCCCUACAUACCGAGCACGUACUCACUAAUGACCACCACGCAUCUCAAUCUGCUCUCCUAUAUCAUUGACAUCUUUGCCUCCUGUUCUCCAGUCUGAGCCCGACCGACGCGCUGGGCGUGUUAUACCACGCCCCGCAUUCUAGUCGGGCCGUCUACGCAAUGUAUUAGUACUGACGACGCAUGCCCCCCACUACCUGUUCAUCUUACGCAUAGAACUUACGGUCUAAUUGACGAAUACAAUCGCUGACACUUGGCCAUGUUGGCUGGAA